AUGGCACUGGAAGAGUCGUCCGUCCUGGAAGCGGAGCUGGCCAGACAGAGUGACCCAGGAAGGCCUGAGGCCUCAGGCGGUCAGAAAAGGAAGCAGCGGAAAGCCCCCAGAGACCCUCCUUCUGAGAGGAGACUGGUGGAGGAAGCCCAGGAGGACCCCUUGAGAAGGCAAGCGGAGAUCGAAGGCCUGACAGCGGCUGGGCACCAAGCCUUGGUGCGUGGGCAUAAGAAGGAGGCCCUUUCCAGCUUCAGGAAAGCCUUUGCCCUCUCCUCAGAGACCCCCAGGCAUGGCACCCAGAGGGUCUGCGCCUUCAACCUGGGGGCUGCCUAUGUGGAAGCUGGGAGGCCAGAGAAAGGCCUAGCGCUGCUCCUCAAAGCCCAGCCGGAGGAGGAAGGCGAAGCCGCCGGGGAAUGUCUGGGGGACCUUUUCUUCAACAUUGGGGUUGCCCACGAGGGUCUGGGGGAUUUCGGCCAGGCCUUGGAGGCCUUCCGGAAAGCCCAGGGCCACUACUGCGCCGUCCAGACGGAGAGCGAGGCUGGCACGCGGAUGAGGAUGGGCGACUGCUACCUGGGCAUGGGAGACCCUUGGCGGGCUUCCCAGUGCUUCUUGGAGGCUGGUCGGUCGUACGCGGGAGCAGGACGCCUGGAGUUGGCUGCCACGGCCCUCAGUGAAGCCACCCGCCUGAUGCUGCGCAGCCAGGAGCAUGAGGACGGCGAAGUGGUCAAGGUGCUGAAUGAAUGCCGGGAGUUGUGCGAACAGAUCCCAGACAGAGCCCUGCUGGGGAAACUCUACAACGACAUCGGGCUCAGCUUCUCUGAACUCAAAAUCUUCUCCUUGGCGGCCGAGAGCUUCGCAAAAGCACUGUCCUUCUGCAAAAUGGAGGACGGUGAGGAGGACCGGCCCACAGACGAAGACGCCGCUGCCGCCGCCAUCCUCCAGAACCUGGGAGCCACGCACAAUGCUCUUGGGAGCUUUAGCACCGCUGUGGGCUUCCACCAGAGAGCGGCUUCCUUGCACAGCGGCCUGGGCAACCGGAGGGCCCAGGGGCAAUGCUUUGGGAACCUGGCCUAUGCGCUCAGCCAGAUGGGCGACCAUGAAGCCGCUGUGGAAAACUACCUCCAUGCCCUGCAGGCCUUCAAGGACUCUGGUGACCUUCGGGGCCAAUGGCAAUCCUGCGAAGGACUUGCGGGGUUGCGCUUCCAUCUUGGGGACCCCGAAAAGGCCGUCGCGUCUUACAAGGAGGCGCUGAUGCUGAUCUCAAAAUGCCAGGAUGCGCCAGAGACGGCGGCGCAGGAGCGGAUCGUGAACAAACUGGCGGAGGCCUUGCAGUCCAAGCUCUCGGUCUCCAGCCGCGUUCUCCAGGGAAGUGGGAUCCUGACUUCUAGACCUGCACGCCAUUUCCCAAUGUCCCAAACCUUUGCUGCGUCUUCGCUCCAUCGCAAGAAGGAGACCUUCCCUCCAGCGGCGUGCCACGCAAGUCUGCCAGACAACGGUGCCACCGGAUGCAGGCCAUGGAGAAGGAGACUCAUGCGCUGGCCACAUGGAGCCAUGGGCCACUUCAAUGGGGGAGAGAUGUGGUUGCUCAGACCACUGGCUUGAAACCAAAAGAAGGUGGAUGUGGAGAGUUAGCUUAUGGGGCGCCCUGUGCAAAUGCAACCUCCGCUCUUGGCGUUCCCAACGGACAUGCCAUCCUGGCCAGCGAUGGCACCGAGGGAGACACAAACUGGGCCACCAGGUUCCCUGACCAGAUCCGGGGGGACAGGGCUGCCCUUUCCUCCGUGGGACGCUUCUCCCGCCGCCGUUUGGACGCCUCCCAGCAAAGAUGGAGGGACAGGUUCAAGUCCAUCC